AUGUUGGAUAUCUCAAGCAAUGCUCUCACGGGAACCAUACCGGAAGAGCUCGGUUUGUGCAAGAAGCUGACACAUGUUCUUCUCAACAAUAACUCUCUUUCAGGGCUUAUUCCUCCAUGGCUUGGAAAGCUUCCAUUGUUAGGUGAGCUCAAGCUUUCUUCUAACCGGUUUACCGGAUCAAUCCCUACCGGCAUUUUCAACUUGAGCAGUACUCUUCUUGUGCUAUCUCUUGAUGGCAACUCACUUAACGGCUCCAUCCCGCAAGAUGUUGGAAACUUGGAAGCUCUCAAUGUGCUCAACCUCGAAAACAAUCAGCUUUCAGGUUCUAUUCCUUCAGAGAUAGGCAAGCUGAGCAAGCUUUACGAGCUUCGGUUAUCCAGAAAUGUCUUAACCGGUGAAAUCCCUGUCGAGAUUGGACAGCUUCAGAAUCUUCAAGUUGCUCUAGACCUCAGCUACAACAACCUAACCGGAGAAAUCCCAUCCACCAUCUCGGCUCUAGAUAAGCUUGAGUCCCUUGAUCUCUCUCACAAUCAGCUUGUCGGAAAAGUUCCUGGAGCCAUCGCACACAUGAAGAGUUUAAGAUAUCUAAACCUCUCUUGCAACAAACUUGAAGGAGAGUUGAAAGAAACACUUGUCUAA